AUGCAAAGGAAAUGUCUUCAGACUUUGACCUUUGUGCAAAACGUGUCGUCCAUUCGACACAACUAUACCUCAACCAGAAAUGCGCUGAAGAUUGGGAGUGAGACGAAAGUGAUAUGCCAGGGCAUCACUGGUAAGCAGGGCACUUUCCACUCGAAACAGGCCAUCGAGUACGGCACCAGAAUGGUCGCAGGGGUGUCACCCGGCAAAGGGGGUCAGACACACCUCAAUCUUCCCGUCUUCAACACUGUCCGAGAG